AUGACCGACGCUGACGACAUCGACUGGAAGGAGGCUUUCUGCUGGUUCUUCUGGGAUGUCUGCGCUAGAGACGAAGAUGAAUCGUAUGAGCCCGGCACCUACAACGACUUCGUGUCUGAUUUUAGACCUUUCGUGAAUUGGAUGGACUUCAAUGACACAGAUUGGGACAUGGAAAGCUUCGAGAUGGCGCCAGAGCCUAAAUCCUCGUGGGUUCUGGGAUACCUCGAGAGCCGCGCCUAUGGUCGAUCCUCGGUCCAACCCGGAUUGAAAAUGACGAUGGCGGAAGCUUGGUCUCGAAACCCCCACCUUGUCAACUUUCAAGCCACCUACAAUCUUCCCUUACCCUGGGCUGUUCCUCUGCAGAAGCGGCCAGAGGACAAUACGUAUCAGAUUCUAUCAACUUGGCCCUUUAGAAUCGUGUUCGACAACAGCCUCGGCGUUGCUCAUCUCGUCUCAACCGGGAACGGAGACUUGGACCGCAACGCCGUCAACGAAGCGCGAUACUACUUCACAGGCAUGCUCCGUUGGGCUCGCGAGAUCUAG